CAUCGACAAGAGAGUCAAUAUAAGCAUCGUCAACCAUCGAACUCGACUAUAAUUUGACCCCUCUUAAGCAAGGCACUUGCGAUGCCAAGAGCCGACCUGCCUCAGAACGAUGACUACACCGUUGGCUGGGUCUGCGCUUUGCCAAUCGAACUUACUGCGGCACAAAGAAUGCUAGACGAAGUGCAUGAAGAAACUUAUCGCAGUGAUCAUGAUACAAAUAUAUAUACCCUCGGACGUAUUCAAGAGCAUAAUGUUGUCAUCACAUGCCUGCCAUAUGGUCAGAUGGGCACCAAUUCGGCCGCCAUAGUUGCUACUCAGAUGAAGUCUUCAUUCCCAUCAAUCGAGUUCGGUUUAAUGGUUGGCAUCGGAGGGGGCGUUCCAAGCAAAGCCCGGGAUAUUCGCCUGGGUGAUGUAGUUGUAAGUCGCCCAGGACUAUCACAUGGCGGUGUCAUUCAAUAUGACUUUGGUAAGAAAACUGAGAGCGGGUUUCAUCGAACAGGCUUUCUGAAUAUGCCGCCGACAAUUCUGCUUAAUGCUAUUGCCAAGCUAGAUGCUGAAAAUAUUCAGCAAAGAACUAGUUUCAUAGAAGAUAUUAACAAACUUGAUACGUGGCAAGAAUUUUCACGUGAAGCCGCUGAGCCGGAUCGACUUUUUGAUGCCAGAUACAACCAUGUUGGCGAUGAUACGUGUCGGAGUUGUAAUGAAAGGGAAAUAAUAAAGCGCAAGCCACGAGAUCAAAAAGUUUUGGUUCAUUAUGGUACCAUAGCAUCAGGGAACCUGGUCAUGAAAAAUGCCAUAGAAAGGGACAAAGUUAGUUCGGAUUUAGGAGGCGUUCUCUGCUUCGAGAUGGAGGCAGCAGGUCUUAUGAAUACACUCCCGUGUUUGGUCAUCCGAGGAAUCUGUGAUUAUGCAGAUUCGCAUAAAAACAAACAAUGGCAACCAUAUGCAGCGGGAACAGCAGCUGUCUAUGCAAAACAGGUCUUGUCUAUGGUACCAGUGGCACCCCAUUCCCGUGUGGCAAAUAAGACGUUAUUAUUAAAGGAAAAUGUAUCUUCCCAGUCUAGUUUCCACAUAGAUCCACGGAUCCAGAAGGCAGUCGAAAAACUUAAUUCUCACAGAACCGCCCAUUUAAUGCCGGGUAUCUUUAGGAUGAAUCGUGAGGCGCUAUCAGAGCAUGAAUUACAAAGCUUUGUCCAUACCAGAGGCUUCCAGAGCUGGUUUGACACUCCAUCAUGGGUAUUAGUGGCCAAAACCUCACGUCACUGGAAUUGGCGAGAUACACACGGUCAACACAGUGAUGGACUUGAGCGCGACCAAAUAUCUUCUGAAACACGAUCAUCGGAGGCUCCAACAUGCCCGAUUGCUGCUUGCUUGGCAGAAUACGUCCAAAGAAAUACAGACUGUGACGUAUAUUAUGUGGAUUGCUAUUGGAUUUUGGACCGGCCGCAGCAAUUGAAAUCUAAGCAGUUUGAAAACGUUUUAAAACAAGAACAAAUAAUGGAAAGUCCCGACACCAGCCAAGUGACUUCCAUCCUCCAGUCGUUAUUCUUCCAGAUCUUCGCCCGUCAUCCUCAACAGGCCCAAUUCCUGCAAGAAUUAAAUGAAUCAGGAGCUUUUAAGGAAAUGGACAUAUAUAAACUUUCAUUUGCAGAGAUUUCUGUAUUGAUUAACUACAUACUGAACUUGCCAACAUAUCUUUCCCGCAAAAGGUUAAUUAUAAGCAUUGACCAUUUGGAACUAAUUGAAACCUCCGCUCAAAGGUUAUUGAUCAAUUCUCUUAAUACACCUCGCAGCCGAUUGAUGGGAAAUGUCUCCAUGGUUUUGGGAGGAUUUUCUAUGGAUAGAAGCGAAGUAAUGGAUUUUUGUCUUGGCAUCGCAGAUGAUUGCGAAUAUCGUGAAUGCCUUUCUUCUUUACGGUUCGAAGAAAUUGAUGCCCGGCGAACGCAGGUGCCUCCAGCCGCAGCGGAAACAAACUCUUGGAUAUGGCAGCAUUCAGUGUAUCGUGAAUUUUCUCGGCAAGAUAGUGGAAUCCUCUGGCUUCGAGGGAAACCGGGAAGUGGCAAGUCCGUUCUUGCAAAAUCUGUCCGAAAGAGGCUUUUCGAACAAUUGGAAACUCAAAAAGCACAGGAGACAAUCCCAUUGGUUGGAGAUUGGUUCUAUCAUCGUCGUAGAGCUGGUCGUUAUAUCCAACACGAAUCCUUUCUCCGAUCGAUACUCUGUCACUUUCUCCAGCAAUGUCCCGAGAUCUUUCACCAUUACGUUCAUGCAUAUCGUCAGAUGAAUCCACUUAAAGUCGUAUGGACAAAUGAAGUUCUUGAGAAUAUCUUAUUUGAUGUGUGCCGAGGCUCCAAGCCGAUAAUCUGCAUUGUUGACGCUGUUGAUGAAGCAGAGAAUAUGGGUAUUUUAGCGUUGAUUAAGAAGCUAACAUAUCCUGCGGCAUCCUCCAGGGCCAAAUUCAUUGUAUUAAGUCGGCACGUUGUCAAGAUUGAGCAACAAAUUUUCGGCUUGCCGAGUAUCACUAUCGAAGACGAAAACCAGGACGAUAUCGCAAAGAUUAUCGACUUCGGUUUAAAAUCGUUACGCGAGGAGAUUCAUAAGCUCAACUUUAACUCUCAGGAAACUGAUUCGGCUUCUCGCAUCCGGAAUGUUCCAAGACAUGCAAGCAGAAUGAGACAGCCCAGGUACAAAUCCAUUGCACUUGCUAUGGAGCGGGAGGAGCAGACUAUAGAGGAAAUGAGAACGAGUCUAGCCUCUAAAGCACAAGGCUCGAUCUUGUGGGUUAAAUUAGUCCUUGAUAAGUUGAUGAGAGAGGCCGCUUUAGACCAAAACUGUACACUGGAAGAGUUAAGUCAAUCUGCCAGUGACGUUCCCCAAGAACUAAAAGAGUAUUAUCAACAAAUUGUUGUUGAAAUGACCACUCAGAAAACGGAGGAGAAAAUUACAGAAAUCCGCAAGACCCUUAUGUGGAUUUGUGCGGCAGGGGAGAUCAGCGAUAUCACACUUGAAGGGCUUUGGGAAGCUGUCGCAGUCCUAAAAGAUAACUUUUGCUCCUCAACCAUGGAUGGAAUAUCAGCAAAAAGAAUCCCCAUUAGUUCCUACGAUGAGUUAUGGCGCAAAAUUUACAGCACUUGUGGACCGUUCAUCGAAGCCUACAACCCUGGGUUUUCGGCAGAGGAAUCUCGCAGCUAUCAAUAUGGUGCUUCUUCCAUCGUGCAGCUAAUGCACCAGACAGUUCGAGAUUUUCUCUGUGAUGAAUCCUCACUCGGGAGCCUUUCCUUCAGUAUUGACGAAGCACGAAGCCUGGUGAAUAGACAUCUGCAAAACUACCUAAAAAUAACGACAAAGCCCCUGAGAGACUCAUGCGACCCGCUAGAUGCCAGGGAGCUUGUAGAGGAGCUAGACAACCAGAAGCUUCUGCAGCUUGCUAUCAACUCUACAAAAACCCACAUUCGUACUGAUAGUACUAUGCCCGUUGGAGUCAAGAUACCUCAUCUAAUAUCCCCUUUAGCAAGUUCUCUCCAGCAUGACUUAAUGAAAACCUUGAAGAGGAGUGCGUAUAUAUUUGAGGAUGCGACUUGCGACUCCCAGGAUACAGGAAGAGUGGAUGCGUUUUCUAAAUUUCCCAACUGGGAAACACAUGCGUUGCUUUGCGUCAGCCGCCUUUUCUACAUAGCGUGUAGUCAGGGGUUCGUCACUGCAGUACUGAAUAUGUUAGCCCUAGCAUGGCAUAUAUUGCCCGAUUCCUCCUUGGUAAAUGGAGAGGUGAUCCUGUACGGUGUGUUUCUGGCUGCAUCACGCUGCCGGAGCUCCAAGCUACACCUGGACUUUCAUUCCAUUGCCACCACGGCUCGACAAAAUGCAUCAUUAGACCCGGUCGUGGUGGCAGGAAUCUCUAAAUCAUCAAUGGAACUUCCUCCCAUGAUAACUGACCCAACGACAUAUCCAAUGACCCAUAGUUCAAACAACGACUUGUUACCACAGCCUCCUAUUUCUCUGGACCCGAGGUUGCCGGGGUUGGGACCUUUCUCUCCGGAAUUUAUGCAAAAUUCCACCGAUCCAAUAGUUGAAGAUUCAACAUUGCCUCAAUUCGCACUGCCAUCCUUGGAACGCAUGUCAGAAAAUGUCGAGCUGGUGUCCAAGUCUAAUUCGAGAAAAAGAAGGCGAAGAGAUUGGAAAGCAUGUAGCAGAUGUAGAGUGCGGAAGAUCCGAUGUACCCAACCUAAAGAUACUCCUCGAAUCAAGUGUGACCACUGCAAGAAAUUGGGUGCUAAAUGUAGUUUCGAAGAGGAAGCGAUAUCUGAAGCAUCCUCAGACGAAGAUUUGAAGCAAGCGCUUGGAGAACAGCGGCAAAAACGUGUCGAGGAGCGAAGGCUCGCCGAAGAGAAGAGAAUGUUCGAUGAAGCAAAUAAAAACGCUGAAGAGAAGAGAAUGGUCGAUGAAGGAAAUAAAAAGAAAGUUGGGAUCCCUACGAUUGAAGAUCAGUGGAUUUCUGUACCGUGGAAUGUCACUCUCAGAGCUGAACUUCCGGAUAAGACUAUAACGAGAUCCUUACAUUUCCUAGAGUGGUGUCCCUUUCUUGAUUUGACCUGUGGGUCUGGAAAAUACCAGAAACCAUCUGAUUGUGGCAUCGACGACGACAUUGAGCCUCCCCAAGAAGAUGUGGAAGAUGCCAUUAUUGCAGCUCUAGUAGGCAGUCAAAAAGUCAGCUUACAGGCUGAUAAACAUGAGGCUUUUAUCUCAAAAUGAUCAAUUAUGGAAUGUGACGGAAAUUUAGAAUAAGCAAAUUAUUAUUCUAUCGAAUAUGAUCAAU